GGAGAAUAGAGGGUUUGUGUGAGCACAUAAGGCAACUUAUUCGCACCCCUUCGUAGAGGCUUUAAUAUUCUUGCCAUAUUCAGAUAAAACUAGCUUUAUUUGGAGAGCUUGCCAUUGCUGAAGUUCAGCCAACAAACGAUACGUGGGACACAUGGAAAACAGCGUGCUACUUCAAUCCUUUGUCACAUUUGCGGUGAUCAUUGCCUGCAAGCUUGGCAGACUGAAUUUGCCGAGCUAUUUCAGCACUGCUUCUUGCUUCUGGCAAAAAGUAAAUCGACUAACUGACACGUAUAAAGAUCCCAGCAAAUGCAAGUGUACUCAAGUACCGAACGUACGUAGGUUGGAUCUGUCUCACGACCUCAUAGAAAGUCUGAAAGUGAUGAAGCUUUUGACAACAAAAAUGCAAGCUGGCACCAGUCCUCAGAAUAUCACCACGUCGGGAUGCCUCUUCAUCAGUGAGCCGAAAGUAACCUUCAAUAUAACAAGCGGCAAAGUAUACGGCCUAAUAGUGCCGGGUCUUGAGAUCAGGGGUUUCUGCUCGGCACCCGGCUGGAUCGGCAGUGAAGUCACCAUCGGAUGCUAUGGCUCCUUCAACUCGGUUCGGGCGCAUUUUGAUGGUGCAGCGACACUCAAUAGCACCACACACUACGUCAAUUUCAUCGCAACACCAAGUGGCAGUGUAGAUGUGCUCGUUGAGUUGGCUGCAGAACCAGGUGUCCACGCUCCUGUAAAAAAAAUGCAGUUCAGUGAUGACCCUCUGGAGGUGGAUCCGCAUCUAUGUUGCGGACGCUUCCAGACGCAAAACGGAUUUACGCAGCAGACGCUCCUUGCCUGCACCUGCAAUGCCAGCUCAAGGCGAGAAUGCUUCAGGCACGUUGCCAUCUACGCCCACAAUCAUCCUGGCACAACCGCCAUGAUGUCCCUGCCCCCAUAAGGACUCACCUGAAGUUGGCCUCCGAGUCGAAGUCCAAGCCACACCCAAGCCCCAGGAUUUUGCUGACCAGGUUGCUGUGGCCACAUUUCUCCAAGUUGAUCAGGA